AUUUACUUUUCUCUGCUAUGGUUAUGUCAAAUGAUUGGUCGAGUAAUUUUGAGCUCAUCUUUUUCGUAUUUUGUGAAUGUUUUGUAUAUUAUGAUAUUUCUAUCGGUUAUCAGAUGAAAUAUUAAACUUUACACGUCCAUCUAAAAACUGCAAUGUUAAGAUGAUGCCAUUAAAAGACAACCAAGAUGUGGCCACCUUCCUUGUUAUGAAACACUCCUGGAAGGGGAAGUACAAGAGAGUGUUUUCUAUUGGAACUCAUGGAAUUACCACAUACAACCCUGACCGCUUGGAAGUGACCAACAAGUGGCAGUAUUCAGAUGUGAUCACAUUGUCUUCAGCGAAGCAUUCCAACAUUGCCAACAAUAAUGAUUUCACACUGUUUAUGAAGAAAGAUAAGAAAAAUGAUUCAAUGAAGUUUUCGUCGGAACACAAAUCCCUUAUCAUAACUGAGGCUUUCAAGUACAGGCAUUUGUUUGCAGAGAAACCUAAAGAUAUUUAUAGAUAUCACUCGUACAAACACCAUUGGAGUGGCACUAGACUCCCCAUUGUUCUGGAAGUGGGACCAUGUUCUUUGGAACAACUUGAUCCUUCAACACAUACACUCCUAGCAAGCUAUCCUUACAGUGAUAUACAGGGAAUUCUCCAAGUAAGGGAUAUACCGGGAGGAUUUGUACUAGCUGUCGGCGGUUACAGUCGCCUACACCUGUUCUCCAAUGUUUUGGACCAUCAAAUAAUAAUAAACAAGAUGCUAGAAAUGGCCAAUUUGACUAUAAACAUCAGUAUUAAAGUGUUGUCAGCCACAAUCACUCUGGACGACUAUCAUAAUCAAAGAUUUGGCAAGUACAGUGGCGACCAACACCAAACGUCCCUCAGCGAGUUCAUGGUACACAAAGUGAACCCGGCGCGACACAUGGAGCCGAUGCGCAGAACCCUCUGCCUCUCCGACACUUGCAUACUGGAGAGAGAUCCACAGACUUACUCAGUAGUGUGCCUCAGGCCGCUGUGUGACGUGUUCGCUCUGGUGCGAGAUCCCGACCAUCCGCAGAAGUUCUCCAUUGAAUAUUUGAAUGGGCAAACACGGACUUAUUUGGCUGGAGAAAGGGACGCUCUGCUAGCGUCGCUGGUGGACGGCGUGCGCUCGGCCGGGCAGCGCGACGUGCACGUGCGCUCGUCGCGCACGCCGCGCGGCUACCGGCUCGGCCCGCUGCACCACCCCGUCGACGAGGAGACCGAGUCCAACCACUUGCGAUUAUUCCAGAACCCAGUGCAAGCGGGAGCUAAAGUGUUGUCGCGAGCGGAAGUAAUAGAAAGAUUCAAUGCCAACGUCGGCUACAGCGGCCUCAUAUACUCUGUCAGUCAAGAUGCUCGUCCCCUGUUGUGGCUGUUUCUUACGUGGGAUCUUCGUCUGUUUGCGGAGAACAAAGAGAAGUUGAUAACCGGCGCGUUGACGGCUAUAAUGACGAGUUGUCCGUCGGGCUCCAAUCUGCCACUGCGGGAGCUCGAAGCGCAGUUCCACGCGCUGCGGCGGCUGUGCGCGAGCAAAGUCGGGUUCGCUGCCUUCACCGCACUCUCAGGGUUCCGCGAGUGGAUGGGCAGCGCGGUAGUGAGCGCGCUGCGGCGCGAGUGCAGCGCGUGCUCGCACGCGGCGCUGGACGCGCUGUGCGCGCUGCUGCAGCCCAUGCACGCCGAGCCCGACCUGCGCCAGGAGCAGCUCAACAAGGCCAGCAUGCUCGCCUCGCAGACCUUCCUGGAGGGCUUGCUGUCCAUGUGGGCCACGCACGUUACAGCGGGCAGCGGCGCGUUAGUGGUAGCCGCCAUGUUGGAUUUCCUCACGUUCGCGCUGUGCGUGCCGUACAGCGAGACUACGGACGGGAAGCAGUUCGACCAGCUGCUGGAAAUGGUGGCCAGUCGGGGACGCAUCAUCUUUAAGCUGUUUGAGCAUCCGUCAGCGGCAAUAGUGAAAGGCGCUGGGUUAGUGGCCCGCGCGCUAGUGGAAGAAGGCAGCGGUGGGGUAGGCGCCAAGGUGCAAGCCCUGGCCUUGGCCGAAGCAGCGCUGCCAAGACACUUGCUGCACGCGUUAUAUACCACCGCGGCGCCCGCCAGAAUGCAGCGCCGGCAUCUGGCGAGGCAUCUCGUCGCGCUGUGGCUGGUGGAACACGGACCCGCUAACGAUCUGCUGAGAAGAAUCAUGCCAUCAGGUCUGCUAGCCUUUCUGGAGUCGGUGGAGGCCCCUCCCGCGGCGGCGUUGGAGGCGGAGCGCGUCGAGGAGCGCGACAACCUGCAGCUGGCGCAGGCGCAGGCCGCCAACCGGCCGCGCGCGCCGCACUGGGAGGCGCUGGAGCGACAGGUCAAAUACGUUGAGAAACAUAUAGAGCACUACGCGUCGCUAGCGCUGCAGCACUGGGCGCAGCGCACGCGCGGCCCCGACCCGCGCAAAGAGAUGCGUGAGCGGCCCGUGGUGCUGCGGCGGCGGCGCGAGCGCGUCAAGUCCACCGCCAACUGGCCCAUGUUCUACUACCAGUUCCACAGGGACCAUGCGCUGCCUAACCUUAUUUGGAACCACACUACUCGUGAAGAACUACGCAACGCUCUCGAGAACGAGCUACGCGCGUUUGCGAUGGACCGCGAGGUGGCGGGCGGCGCGCUAACCUCAUGGAACCACGCAGAACUCGAGGUGCACUACCAAUGUCUGCAGAACGAGGUCAAGAUAGGCGACUACUACUUAAGGAUACUUCUGGAACAGAAGGACAACGACGACAGUCCGAUACGAAAGUCGUACGAAUUUUUCAACGACCUGUAUCACCGGUUUCUAUCUACGCCAAAGGUCGAAAUGAAAUGCAUGUGUCUCCAGGCGAUGACUAUCGUAUACGGGCGAUAUUACGAAGAUAUCGGACCUUUCGCGGACACCAAAUAUAUAGUGCAAAUGUUAGAUAGAACAUGCGAUAAAAUGGAAAGGGACAGACUUGUACAGUUUUUAGCCAAAUUAAUUUUACACAAGAAAAAUGUUAGCGAAAUAUUAGAAUGGAACGGUAUAAGAAUACUAGUAGAUCUAAUGACGUUAGCGCACUUGCACACGUCGCGCGCGAUGGUGCCGACCCAGAGCAACGUCAUCGAGGGCCCGGCGCAGGGCGGCGACGGCGACCGCGAGUGGUACUAUAACGUGGAGACUGGGGACAAAGUGCAGAGGAAGGGGCCUGUCAGCUUUCAGCAGCUGAAGGAUCUAUACAAAAGUGGUGAAAUAAACAACAAAACAAAGUGCUGGGCGAACAGUAUGGAAGGCUGGCGCGCGCUGGGAGGCAUACCGCAGCUGCGGUGGAGCCUGGUGGCGCGGGGCGCGGCCGCACUCACCGAGACCGACCUGGCGGCCACUAUACUGGAUCUGUUGAUUGCUUGCGCGCGCUACUAUCCUAGUAGAGAUGAAGAAGACGCAAUAAUAAGACCUCUGCCACGAGUAAAAAGGACGCUUUCCGAGCCGGCCUGCUUAGCGCACGUUGUCCAGUUAUUGUUGACCUUUGACCCUAUACUUGUGGAAAAGGUAGCGACAUUACUAUACGAAGUAAUGCAGGACAAUCCGGAGAUAUCUAAGUUGUAUUUGACAGGGGUGUUCUACUUUAUGUUGUUGUACACUGGCUCCAAUCUGUUACCGAUCGCCAGGUUUUUGAGGCUCACUCACAUGAACCAGGCUUUUAGAGCAGACCAAUCAAGUUCGGAUAUAAUGCAGAGGUCUAUUCUGGGCCAAUUGCUGCCAGAAGCUAUGGUGUGCUAUUUAGAAAACCAUGGCUCGGACAAGUUUGCGCAAAUCUUUCUCGGAGAGUGGGACACGCCAGAGGCUAUAUGGAACUCUGAAAUGAGACGCAUGUUGAUAAUGAAAGUGUCGGCUCACAUCGGCGAGUUCACGCCGCGGCUGCGCGCGCACAUAGCGGCGCGCUACCCCUACCUCGCCAUCCCGGCGGUGGCCUACCCGCAGCUGCUCAACGAGCUGUUCUGCAACAUGUUCUACCUGCGCCACCUGUGCGACACGCAGCGCUUCCCCGACUGGCCUAUACCUGACCCGGUAGGUCUUCUGAAAGACGUGCUAGAGGCGUGGCGUCGCGAGGUGGACAAGAAGCCCGCGUCGAUGACCGCCGAGCAGGCCUACCUGGCGCUGGGCAUAGAGCCCGAACAACACGACGAGGCGGCCGUGAGGAAGGCCUACUACCGGCUUGCUCAACAGUUCCAUCCCGAUAAGAAUCCUGAGGGACGGGAUCGGUUUGAAGCAGUGAAUCAAGCUUACGAGUUCCUGUGCAGUAGAAACGUAUGGACAGGCGACGGGCCCAACACUAACAAUAUUCUGCUUAUUCUGCGAACACAAACCAUAUUGUUUCAACGAUAUUCAGAAGUGUUAUCGCCAUACAAAUACGCGGGCUACGGUGCUCUGCUGCGCACGGCGCGGCUCGAGGCGGAGGCAGAGUCACUGUUCGCACGCGACACCGCGCUGCUGCCCGCCGCCUGCGAGCUCGCGCACGCCACGCUCGCGUGCUCCGCGCUCAACGCUGAGGAGCUGUGCCGAGAGCGCGGCCUUGAGGUACUACAAGAGGCACUGUCCCGCUGCGUGUCGGUGCUGGGCGGCAGCAAGGAGGGCAGCACAGCGGCCGCCGUGUGCAUGCACUGCGCGCGCUGCUUUGCGGUCGCGGCACGCUUCCCGUCGUGCCGCGCCGCCGCGUCCGAGCUUGAACAACUCUGUGCCGACAUCGUGCCGCUGCUGAGGCGACCGGAGCUGGGCGAGACGGCGUGUGCGGGCGCGGAGGCGGUGGCGGCGCUGGCGGCGGACCCGCAGUGCCGCGCGCGCUUCGCCCGCGCGCACGUGCUGCACGCACUGCUGCCCGCCGUGCUGCGGUACGACUACACGCUGGCAGAGUCCGGCUUGCCCACCGAGGGGGAUAAUAAACAGGAGGUGGCAAACCGCCUGGCGACGCAGUGCGUGGGUGCGCUGGCGGCGCUGUACGGGCCGCACGAGGCGCCGAGCGAGGAGGACGACAGCGUGCGGGACGCGCUGCACAUGCUGCUCACGCCGCAUCUAUGCGAGAAGCUGGCCAGCGCAGACACGCACGAGCUUCUCAAAACUCUGACAUCCAACUGGAAAACGCCGUACCUGGUGUGGGACAACAGCACGCGGGCCGAGCUGCGAGAGGCGCUGCGCGCGCGGCCGGCGGGCGACGGCGGGCCGCUGGUGCCGCCGCUGCAGUACUCCGCGCACGAAGGCCUGCUGUCUGUGGGCGGGGUCUAUCUGGACAUUUACAACGAGCAGCCAGACUUCGCUAUUGAGAAUCCACAACAGUUUGUGUUGGAUCUGCUCAAAUUUAUUGAAGAAGAGACCCAGGCUGAGGCGGUAGAAGAGAAAGCUGAAAAUAUCACAUUAGCUUUGAAUGCUCUUGCCAAUUGUAUUAUGAAAAAUUCAGGCGUGGAAAUCCAAUGUAUCGGCCACUUCGGGUUGAUAUUCGGGCUGAUGUCCGCCCGUGCGCUUCCCGCGGCGUCUGAGGCGGCGGUGCAGGUGGCGGGCGCGGCCGCACGCAGUCGCGAGUGCGUGGAAGACAUCGCGGCGGGCGCGCUGCUGGGACACCUGCUGCCGCUGCUCACGCCCACCAGGCCGGACGCGCUCAACGCGCUCGCCGCGCUGCUGACCGCCACGCCGCUCGUACGCGAGGCGUUGGCUAAAGGUGCUGUGAUAUACUUAUUAGAUUUAUUCUGCAACUGUAAGAUACCAGAGAUAAGAGAGACUGCAGUGGAACUGCUCGCGAGGAUGAUGGCUGAUAAAUUGCAUGGACCAAAGGUACGUCUAAAGAUAUCGCGGUACGUGCCGAGCGUGUUCGCGGAGGCGAUGCGGGAGGCGGGCGCGGCGGGCGCGCUGCACACGUUCGACGCGGCGCACGAGCACCCCGAGCUGGUGUGGGGCGACGAGUUGCGGUCGCGCGUGCGGGCCAACCUGGCGCAACUACGAGACAGGCAUUACACGAACCAAAUUCGCGAUCCGUCAGUAUUAUUCGAGGAGCGCGACGCGUCGGAGGCGGGCGAGGAGGCGUGGGCGCCGCCCGGCGAGGUGGUGGUGGGCGGCGUGUACCUCAAGCUGUUCCUGCAGAACCCCACGUGGAGCCUGCGCAGUCCCAAGAAGUUCCUGCAGGAGCUGCUCUCUGAGACUCUUGCUUCGCUACAUAAGGACUCCACUGAGGGCAGCCGAGGAGACACGUGCGCGCGCGCGCUGGCGGCGCUGCUGCGUGCGCGGCCCGCAUUAUGUGAUGCGUGCGCGCAGUUGGGUGAGCUGCCCCGCCUCGCGCGCCUGCUGCCCGCCUGCCCCAAGCACGCCGUGCCCGUGCUGGCUGCGCUGGCGCAGACUCAGGCGUGCGUGAUGGCGAUGAGUCAGACCGACGUGAUGUCCGGACUGAAGACCGCGGUGAAGACGUGUCGAGAGGUGGUCGGCUCAGCAUGCGACGCGCUCGCCGCCAUAUUCAAUAGCACCGUCAACACGGACAAACUUGUUCUACAGGCGCUGGAGUCGGAACUGGUGAGCGAGCUGCUGGCGGUGCUGGAGGCGCGCGUGGAGGGCGGCGCGGCGGCGCGCGUGGUGGGCGCACUCAAGGCCAUGUGCCGCGGCGGCGCGCACGCGGAGCGCGUGCGGGCGCUGCUGGCGCGCUCGCCCGUGUGGGAGCAGUACUCGCAGCAGCGGCACGACCUCUUCAUCUCCGCGCACAACCACGCCUCCAUCGCCGCGGCGCCGCAGACGGCGGGGUACCUGUCGGCGCCGCCAUCCGCUCCGCCGGCGCACCCGCCGCCGCUCGACUGACCGACUCACCACCUCUCACACCUCACACCUCACACACCUCACACCUCUCACACCUCGCACACCUCAGUCACUGUCCACUGGAGCGAUUAUUGCUUACUGGUACAGAGAUCUCAUGUAUUUCAUUACUUUAAUUUACGGUAAUAUGUGUGUUAUAGCGAGUAAAUGGUGAAAAAUGUCUUAAUAUGAAUGAACGUGCAUUGUUUUCUUAUAUGCGUACGUGCGUAUGUACGUCUGUACGUCCAUGCGUGUUCACCAACUUUAAAGUUUGGAGUGACAUAUUCGUGUUUGAUACAGUGCCCUCUUAUGUUGUAAUUAUAGUACCUUAUUAUAGUCUCGUGAAUAUAUAUUUUUUUAUUCUUUACAAGUAAGCCCUUGACUACAAUCUGAUGGUAAAUGAUGAUGCAAUCUAAGAUGGAACUUGUUAUUAUUGUGUGAUAAAUGAAAUUUGAAUUUGAUACACCCACUGCUUUAAUUUUGAAAUUUCUAUAUUUAUUUAUCUUCUGAAGCUACAUCAUUCAAAAUUUAUAAAGGACAAAACAAAACUAUAGUAGUUCAGUGGUGGAUUUUUGAUCGUAGGUUCUAGGUCUUACGUCACAUCACAAUAAUAUUAUAAAGGCGAAAGUUUGUGUGUGUAAGUAUAUUUGUUCCUCCUAUAUGCUGCGGCUACUGAAACGAAGCGGAUUUUCUAAAAUUUUGAAUGGAAAUACAUUUUAUCCCGGUUAAAAAAUCCCUUAAAUUUAUUGGUUUAAAAAAGAUUUGUUAUGAACAGAAUUUAAAGCGAAUAGAAUCGCGGGCGUCCGCUAGUAUUUCAAUAUAGGUGGGCACUGGUAAUACCUAAUACGAUUAUUAAUAGAUUAUAGAUAUUAUAUACUGUGUAAAGAAACGUUUCUAUGUUAAUUUAAAAAGCCUAACAUUACAAAUUAUUAAAAAUAAUAUUUAAUCUUAUGGUUUUCGUUUCAUAAAAAAAAGUUGCUUGAAAUUAUGCUGCAAAAAUAAUUUUAAUUAUGUUUAAUUUAAUGUAUUUGUGUUACUUAUGAUUAUGUAUUCUAGUUAUGAAAUAAAUAAAACUGGACGAUUGUAUGUAUUUGGUAAACAAAGUAAACUAUAAACUGCCCAUUUGCGAUAACUUUAUUAACAUUAAUAAAAAUAAUAGCAUUAUAUAUAAAAAUACGAAUUUUUAAUGUAUUAUUAUUGCACAUUGGCUUAAAUAUAUGUGUAUAAAAAUAUGUUAAUUUUAGUUAUUUGAAUAAAUUGUAAUAUAAAUAAUUGUUAUGUAUUGGUAUAUUGGCGGUUUAGUCUCUACUACUUGCUAGUGCUUCUAAUAUAUUAUUAGAAAAUAUUAAAUAAUAUUAAAAAUUAUUUUGAAUAUAUUUUUAUUUGUAUCAUAACAUACCAUAUCAUUAAAAUGAUCCAAUUUGUUUCAAUGUUUUAUCAUAUAAAAUUUUAUUAUAUAUCUAUAUUACUACAAUCAAAAUUGUACUAUAAAGUAUAGCUAAAGAUGCAUUUUAUAUGUAGGAAAAUCCAGUAUUGGAAGUCCUAUUUAAAAAAAAAAUACUUUUCCAUUAAUUCCAUAAACACUAUAAAACAUAAAAAUUCCUGUAAUGUUACUUAACUUAACUAUUUUGUCGGAUCGGUAAUCUUCUCUCUUAAUACAGACUGACUACGGUUUUAUAGAGUUAAGCCAUUUCUUAAUAUUUAAUUAAUGGUUUUAUUAUUAACUUCCAUUCCAUGUUUUAUUUAGAUUGCUUGUGCCGUAGUACACACAGCCAAAUAUGGUAAUUGUUCAAAUUUAAUUUAACUUUUAUUCUAUUUGGUGAAAAAUUCUAAACUGAAUAUAAAUUGCCUGGAAAAAUUACCCAUUUUCAUAAUUUACAUAUUUUUUUUUUUUUUUUUUUUAAUAAAGACUGCCUUCAUAUUAGUUUAUUUUUCCCAGCACUUAUGUCGAAUUUUUUAACAAUGUAUGUAUUACUAUUUUACUGUAAUGUAUUAUUAAAACUAUCUUGUUUGGUAAAUAUAGAUUUUUAUAGAUAAUCUCCAAUUUAUUAGAAAAUGUUAUGAAUACGAAAAUCUCAGUUUAAGAAAUAAAUGAAAAAUGGUAUUAAAUUGGUUUUGAACCAAUAUUUAACUGACAGACUACCACUCUAAUAAGUUGUAAACUGAGAAGUCCUGGGUUCGAUCUUAUGUCGUAUUAUGUAAGAUGAUUGUUAUAUCACAAGCGAAUCAUCGGCUUGUUCGUUUUAAACUUUUGUAUGUUCAAUUACAAAUGAAAAAAAAAGUAAAGUACUUUUAAAGUGCAAGCCAUGAUCUUUUUUUAUCUUGCCAAGGCAUUAAUUUUCAAUUAGACUGAAAUCAUCAUCACAUAUUUCCAUGCACGACAUACUCAUACCAUGAUUUUUAAACUAUAUCCCUAAAUAUGAGAAAUAUGUUAUACAUUACCUAUGUUUAAAACUUAAAUAAUUUUAAGCUAUACAUGGAUUGUAUGAAAGAUUGUCCUGUAAGAAUCUUAGUGUGAUAUUAUUAUUAUGUAUAUAAAAAUUAAUAUUAAUGUUGUAUUUACUUUUUAGUCAUAUCAUAGUGUUAAGAAAAUUAUAGUCUGCGUUUACACUUGUGCUUGAAACGUGUCGGGUAGCGCUUGUCUUUAGUUUGUAUAUUAAAUGGUAUAUAUUAUUACAAAUUCAUUGUAUUUUGAUUUUCACUCUUAUUGAGUGAAAUAUCAAAAAAAAAAAUUCAAUGAUUGAAAGAAUUUCGAAUAAAAAUUAUUUUGUUCAAAUCAUUUUUAUUCAAACAAAAUUUAGUGUUAGUAGUUUUAGUUAGUACAACGUCAUUAAGGCUGAGUUCAGAUAUGUAUGUAUUACCGCACGAUUUAAAAGUCAUAUUUAUGGAAUCAAACUAUAAAAGACAAAGCGGUUGGCAGGUAGAAUCAGUAAUUAUACUAUGGCUAUGAAUCUCUAUGCACUAAUUUAAAAAACAUAGAAGGAAUAGCUCCAGGAUUAAGUGGCAGUAUUAAAAUAUGACAGGUCUUGGGUUUCAUUCCUUCCUUGGACUAUAAUCGUACUUCCUAGCAUUAAAGUGAUUAUGGAUAUGGCUAAUAUUCUUAGAAGGAAUUGUAAAUCGUGUAUAUACAUGAACUUAGGCUUAAUCGCUUGUUGAGAUGCAAAUAAAGCUUAGUAAUUUAACGAAUAUUUUUGUUUCGUCAACAUAAAUGGCAAGACUUUCAAUAUACUUUACUUAUUUUAUUGGCAAGUCCAAUCGUAGAUGUGGAUAUAAAACAAAUAAAUAUAACAAAAUCUUUGAUUAAAUGUUACAAUUUUAUUUUAUUAUUGAAUUAUUUAUCAUACUUGCAAAUGUUAUGCUAUUAAAAUAAUCAAGUGAUAUGUCUUUGUAAAUAAUGAAGACAAAGCGCUAGCUAAAGACAAACUAUGUGUAAACGUAUCAAGCAAUUUUGUGUUGCUCACAGUACGUCCUAAUUAUUUUAAUGAUAUGACGAAAACAUUGCGGUGGUCAUACACAGUGUGUUCCCGGUUUUAUAAAGCUUGUAGUGUAAAUCUCCAGUUAUUAUAAUUAAUUUCUGUUACAAGAUAAUUUCCUCUACAUUGGCUAUGAAGUAGUAAAUAUAAAUAUAGCCUAUGAAAGGGAGGGCAGAGGAUUUUAAAUAUCGAUUAAAUUAAAUAAUUAUCCACUUGCCACUAAUUGGUGUGUGAUGGAUUUGGCAGGCUGUGCCACUUUCGAAACAAGUUUUCAAAGGCAUAUUAU